AUGGAGGGAUUAAUGAGGUUUGGGGGAUUCGAAGAACAAUUUCCUCAGAUUGACGAGAAGAUGCCAUUUCUGCAAAUGCUUCAAAGCAUUGACCCCACUUUUCCAUCUACAGAACCAAAUGAGAUCCUCCAAUCACUUCUCCAGAUCCAAACCCUAGAACAAGAGAGCUGUCUCACCCUCGAAAGCAUCAAAAGAGAUCCUGACCCGGAAAAGGAUCCGAAAAUAGAAAACGGAGCAGCAACGGUCAAAGAAAAAUGGAAACGGAAACGGACAAGAGCUCCGAAGAACAAAGAUGAAGUUGAAAAGCAAAGAAUGACUCACAUUGCCGUCGAACGUAACCGGAGACGACUAAUGAACGAACACUUAAACUCCCUCCGAUCUCUCAUGCCUCCUUCCUUCCUUCAACGGGGUGACCAAGCUUCGAUCGUAGGAGGAGCUAUAGAUUUCAUCAAAGAGCUCGAGCAGCAUUUGCAAUCUCUAGAAGCUGAGAAACAGAAGGAAGGAUCUAACGAAAAUCCGAAAACGGCGUCGUCUUCAUGCUCUUCGUCUCGUGCAUGCACUACUAACUCUUCUGUUUCGAGCGUCUCGACGACGACGACGCCGGAAGCUGGAUUGACUGCGAGAGUUGGCGGCGGAGAGACCGCAGAAGUGGAAGCAACGGUGAUACAGAGUCAUGUGAGCUUGAAGGUUCGUUGUAAGAGAAGAAAAGGACAGAUCUUGAGAGCUAUUGUCUCCAUUGAAGACCUAAAGCUCUCGAUUCUUCAUCUGACUAUCUCUUCUUCCUUUGACUUUGUCUUCUACUCUUUCAAUCUCAAGAUAGAAGAUGGGUGUAAGAUUGGAUCAGCUGACGAGAUAGCGACAGCCGUUCAUGAGAUCUUCGAGCAAAUCAACGGCGAAAUGAUGUGGUCAAAUCUUAGUUGA